AACUUUUUAUUAUUUCAUCAUGCAGUUUGCUGAGAAGUUCCCGAAAGAAAACAUGGAGUCCUUCAAAGACCACAAGGUGCCAGUGCCUCACCUGGUCGUGGAGGACGGCUGUUUCUCCCUCAACUUCAGCAAAAAGAGGUGCCUCCAGCGCGUGGCGGACGGGCUCCAGCGCUACCAGGUGUACCUGGAGUUCGUGGAGAAGGAGUUCCCGCAGCAGAGCCGUGUGCGGGACAUCAUGAACAAGGCGAGCAGCCUCGUCCACAUCAUCCGAGAGAAAGAGAAGACGGUGCAGCUGGAGGUGCUGGAGCCCGCUGUGAAGAAGCAGCUGCUCGGCGAACUGCCCAGCAGCUCCAGGUGGAGCCGCAGCAUCAGCGUCCACGGCGUCCUGAGCCGCAUGAGCGCCUUCGCCGCGGACGCGUUCCGGGCCAUCCGCUAUAUCAACCAGCGGCUGCGGAGAGGGCGGCCCUGACGCGUGCGCGCGCGCACCCGCGCACACACGCGCACGCACCGCCACACACAUUAUGCGCUGUUUUUCGUGGAGAACUUGGUCACUGCUGUCUCGAAUGGAAGCUACGUAUUUAAUAUUUAAUAUGCAGUUUUUUUUUGUUUUUUUUUUUUCUCAGACCUG